UUCUUCCAGUCAGAGGUCCAACCAACUUGCUGAUAGAGUGCAGAAACCAAAAUGGAAGAAGGGCAUGAAUCUGAAAGAUGGGUUGGUUAUGUGGAUUGGAGGAACAGACCUGCCUUGAGAAGCAAGCAUGGAGGAAUGGUUGCAGCCUCUUUUGUGCUGGUGGUGGAGAUAAUGGAGAAUAUGGCAUUUCUAGCUAAUGCAAGCAACUUGGUCACCUAUUUGGCAGAGUUCAUGCACCUCUCCCCAUCUGUCUCAGCCACCACUGUCACCAACUUCAUGGGGACAGCCUUCCUCCUGGCCCUACUGGGGGGCUUCCUAUCUGAUGCUGUCUUCACCACAUAUCACAUCUACCUGAUAAGUGCUCUUCUGGAGUUCCUGGGACUCGUCAUCCUCACUGUGCAAGCCAAGUCUCCGACGCUCAAGCCGCCUGCAUGCAGAAUCCCGGCCGCUUCCCACGCUCCAUGCCAAGAGGUCUCCGGCGGCAAGGCGGCGAUCCUCUUCGCCGGCCUCUAUCUCACCGCCUUGGGCGUGGGCGGGGUCAAGGGAUCACUUCCCGCCCAUGGCGCGGAGCAGUUCGACGAGAACACCGCCCGCGGUCGCAAGGCCCGCUCCACCUUCUUCAACUACUUCGUCUUCUGCCUCUCCUGCGGUGGCCUCGUCGCGGUGACGCUCGUCGUCUGGGUGGAGGACAACAAAGGAUGGCAGUGGGGCUUCGGCAUCUCCACCUUAACCAUACUCCUCUCCGUCCCCGUCUUCCUCGCCGGCUCCGCCACGUACAAAAACAAGAUACCAACUCGAAGUCCUGUCACAACCAUAGCCAAGGUCCUGGUCGCUGCGAUCUUGAACCGUAGAUGUCGUCAUAAUCCGAUAAAUGCCGUCAUCGACAUGGCGCCGAGCCCUGUGAAGACUAUCGAGGUGGACGCGAAGGAAGAAGUGAGGGAUGAUGAAGGCCCAAAUGCAGAGCUGAAGUGCCUCAAUAGAGCCGUGGAAGGAAAGCCCAUGCACGGAGCGCUUCUGUGCACCGCGAAAGAGGUGGAGGAUGUCAAGGUCGUCGUCAAAGUCCUGCCCAUCUUCCUCUCUACCGUAAUGCUAAGCUGCUGUUUGGCCCAACUCUCGACCUUCUCGAUCCAGCAAGCAGCAACGAUGGACACCCGAGUCGGCGGGCUCACCGUCCCGCCGGCGUCGCUCCCCGUCUUCCCCGUCGUCUUCAUCAUGCUCCUCGCGCCGCUCUACGACCACGCCAUCGUCCCCUUCGCACGCAGGGUGACCGGGAGCGAGACGGGCAUCAGUCACCUGCAAAGAAUAGGCUUCGGGCUAGCGCUCUCGAUCGUGGCAAUGGCGGUGGCGGCGUCGGUGGAAGCGAAGCGGAAGCGGGUGGCGAGGGCCGCCAGCCUGCUCGACUCCGCCGAGCCACUUCCGAUCUCGUUCUUCUGGCUGGCGCUUCAGUACCUGUUCUUGGGCUCCGCGGACCUGUUCACGCUGGCCGGAACGCUCGAGUUCUUCUUCAGCGAGGCGCCGGCGGGGAUGCGUUCGCUGGCGACGUCGCUGUCCUGGGCAUCGUUGGCCAUGGGGUACUACCUCAGCUCGCUGCUUGUGGCCGUCGUGAACGACGUGACGGGCCGCGGAAACCGCCAGGCGUGGAUGGCCGGACGCAGCUUGAAUCAUUACCACCUCGAGCGGUUCUACUGGCUCAUGUCUGCUCUCAGCUCCUUCAACUUCCUUCACUUCUUGUUUUGGGCUAACAGGUACAGGUACCGAUCAACUGGGAGCAAGCUUUAGUGGUAUCAACGGAGGAGGAGGAGGCGAUGGUAGUGAUGAGCUCAGUGUCGAAGUGAUCUAAUAAAGACUUCAUGGCAAGAUCGCGGCUGAGUUGGGCAUUUCAUUAAAUAAAAGUCAUUCAUAAGA